AUGGCACAAAUGGUGUUCAGCUCUACUUCAGAGGCAUUUACAUUGACAGCGCCACCUGAAUCCUACGGCAAUCGUCUUCUCAUUUCGUGGCUAUCGUUUUUCCAAUCACUUUGCCUUCUUUUUGAGUGGGUCGGCACCAUCUACACAGCAUUGUACACGCCGACCGUUAUUCGCUCUGUUUGUUUUCAUCUAAUAUGCAUUUAUGUAUUCGUACACUGUAUGCAAACGGGCUUGCUAGCAACGAUAGCUGUGGAUCUCCUCAUAUCAAUUGUUUGUCCAUUGCUACACCGUGUUUCAAGAAAUGGACUGUAUGUAGCGAUAAUGUCUCUGCCCUCCACAGUGUACGGACUCUUGUCAGUGGCUCUUGGUUUUGUUUUGAGUGAUGAUAAUAUAAUUGUCAUGUGUAAUCCACCUUCCUCACUGCAAAAAAGAGCAAAUGAAUUUUGGUAUGGAGUUGCAUUCGCAGCGGGAGCAGUGACAAUUAUCAGCUACCUUCUUGCCUAUUUCAUUCUUUUUCAUAAGAAUCAACAACAAGAGUUGGCUAGAAGAUCGAUGCGCAGUCUAAGCAUCAUAUUGCUUAUAUUUUUACUGACACGAUAUACUGCAACCAUCGGUGCUAAUGUGAUGAACAUGGUAAAUGCAGAUCCCAGCGUGGUCACACUUUUUCAGAACUAUUGUAUUAUCGCCAACAUCUCUGGCAUCAGCAGAUAA